GCAAAAACUAAAAAGCAAAACAAAUAACUCGGUCAAUCAACGGGAUUUUUACUUUUCACAAUUUUACGCGUCGCAGUGCCCUAGUCAACACUCGGUCCGUGGUGACGACGGCUGUUUUUUAUCGAAACGACGAGACAAUAAGAUAUCGACAGAAGACAUAAGACCGCGUCGUAUGUGGUCAACGACGAACGUGUCUUCCGCUCCCCGUUUUCAUUGUUGAGCAUAAUAUUUUCUCCGUUUUCAAUUCCCACCGCGCACCGAUAACGGUCGACGGCUGUGGAUACGACGCGUCAGCAGCAGCUGUAAGUCUACGACGAGCCUAUCGUCCGGUGGAUGUGUCGGUCUUUCGGGUGUGAAAGAGAUACGACCGCGACCCGUGCAUAAUGGCCGAGAAGAGAAAAGGCAAACGGCGACGGGACGAGGAGUAUAGCUUGGACCCUGAGGCCGCAGCUGAUAAACCCAGUAAAACCGAGUACUCUGUGGCCGCUUGGUUGCGCAAGCACGUCCCACACAAAAAGACAAAAUUUGCCGGACACAAUGUCGAGUACUUUACAGGUAGCAAAGCUGUUGACAGUUUAUUGGAAUCAAAAUGGGCAACCAGCGAGAAGUUGUUCACUACCAGACAAGAGAUCGAAACGUUUUUGGACUUAAUGUUGAAGCAUCAAUUUUAUCACCGUGCUAAGAAAGUACCGAUAUCUGAUCAAGAACUAAAAGCUAUGAAAAAUAAAAAGUCCAAAAAAUCAAAUGAUACUGAUAAAGAUGAGAAGAAGAAAACAGAUAAAAAGAAAAAAGAUAAAAAAGAUGAUGAAAGCGAAGAAACUAGUAAAGAUGACAAAAUUGAUGAUGAUAAAGUCAAAUCUACUGAAAUUGAACGGAAAAAAAAAAGUCGUAAAAUACGUUUAGAAAUGCAUAUGGAACAAUCAUUUGUUGACAAUUUGGAUGCAUAUGUUUGGAUUUAUGAUCCUAUUCCAUUUUAUUAUUGGGUAAUAGGAACAUUCAUUGUAUUUGGUGGAAUUGGAAUUUGUUUAUUCCCAUUAUGGCCACCACAAGUGAGAAUGGGUGUGCAGUACUUAAGUAUAGCAGCGGCAGGAUUUCUGAUAUUCAUUAUUGUUUUGGCCAUUCUUAGAUUAGUCUUGUUCAGUUUGCUUUGGAUAUUGACAACAGGCAAAUUACAUUUUUGGCUAUUCCCAAAUUUGACAGAAGAUGUUGGUUUCUUUGCUUCAUUUUGGCCCAUUUAUACGUAUAGUGUAUUCUAUAAAAAAAGUGCUAAAAAGGGAAAGAAAAAAAAGGAGAAAUUAUCAGAUGAUGAAGAUGAAGAUGAUAAGAAACUAGAUGAUUGUGAUGAAGAAAAAAAAUCUUCAGAAUCUGAAAUCGACGAAAAGGUUCCUGAAACUGAAACAUUUGAACAUGACAACACUUUAUUAAAUACAGAAUCUGGGCAAUUUGAAAAUCCAAAAUGUUCUGAAGAUUCUUCUGACACAGAAUCAAGUAGUCAGCAGUCGCACAGUGGUAAUGAUUUUGUCAUGGUGGAAAAACAUGAUGCCCAAGACACAUAAUAAUAAAUAAAAUUAACAAAUCCCUUUAUUUAUGUUUUCCAAUAGCUUUUGCUGUGGUAUGAUUUAAAAUUAAUAUAAUAAUUUAUUAUUGUUUUUACUGUUAUCUUAUUAUAACUUAUAUUCAAUAAAUUGCAUUAUUAUUAUUUUUUAUACUUUUAUUUUUUUACACAAGUGGCUAAUUUUCUAAUAUAUUUUUUGUUUCCUCAGUUGUAGUAAAUCAUUUUUAUUUUGUGAUUUAAUAUUAAUAAUUAUUACAAAGAUUAAUAUAAUUAUUUUUAUUCCAAAAUGUAAUGUUUUUAUCCCUAUUUAUUUUAUCAAGUACAAACUUAUUACUGAUAUGUCCAGAUGUGAUGUAACACUUAAAAUAAUAAAAUAUCACACAUUCAAGUGUAACUUUUAAUGAUACACCUGCUGUGUAGUCUUUAUGGUGUCUGUUUCAUUUAGAAUGUGAAAACCUUAAAUAUCACUCAUAUUAUGUAAUUCUUACACAAAACUUGCAAUAUACUUUUAUUUUAUCGGUGUUUA